AUGCAACGAGAAAUAUCGAAACGAGGCGAAAACAUUAUGCGCCUAACAACGUCAAAAAGCCUUUCCCCCCUGCCCUGUGAAAGAAUGAAGGGAUUCCAAACGCAAGAAUUCCGAAGAGAACCGAAUGCACCGCUGACCGUUUUGAAAAGGGAAGAAACCAUAAUAAAAUUUCGUAUUAAAUUUGAUGCCGUAUGCUUGGAAGCCGCAGAAUACCGCGAAAGCCUAGAGCGUGUUUGUCCAUGGUUAGAAUACCAUCUUCCAGAAAUCCAGCCGCAGGAAUAUAUCAGGGCAGUGAAAAUCGAUCCUGCGACCGCGGCGCCAUCCUUUGGAUCAUCCUUUGAGCCCAGAAACGAGUGGUGGUUUUUCUGCAGACGAGGAGGUAUCGGGAUUCCCGGGGGUAGUGAAAUCGGCAGAUUGGAGGCAUACUUUGUAAAAGGAACCGAUGACGGAAAGGAUGAUGACGGCGAAGAUGGAGAUGACGAGGCUAUAUCAAAAGGAGAAGAGGUUCGAGUCAGUGUAAUCUGGACGAGGAAUGAUGGAGGUGCUCGUUCGUACCAACUCCACGCAUUCAGCGCGGAGACGACAGGCUUCAUCGUUGCGGAAGUCGACGAGUGGUAG